GUGUGUGUGUGUCAAAAGAGGCAAGUCAGCUUUGUCCUCCAAAGACAAUGUCCCUGAUUUUGAAAGUGGCAUUUUUAAGUGGAAUAAUUUAAAAAGUCACAUAAGAGUUUUAUGCAGCUCUCUAAAAGUGUUUUGUCUUCAUACUUUUAUUCCUAAAACACCGUCAAACAGACCUUGAGUCUCAAUGUAACUUUUUCCAGAAUUUAUGUACAAUCUCCUUGAAAUUAUGGGAUGGAAUGACUCUUCUUUGUGAGCCCAUAAAAAGGCGAGCGUGACCACCUCAUUACCUCGGCAGUAAAAAGAAUACAGCCUCCAGUGCAGUGUAAGCAGUGUCAGUGUGCAGAGUCCAACGGCUCCCCCGGCUCGUUUUGUGGGAGAUGAUUGUCGAAGUCUUUUCAGACCAGCGACUGGUUUUCAGAGACGAUGCCCUCGGGGAAGACGCUGAAGUUCAUCCUGUACGAGGUGCUGCAGUUUGCGGCCCUCAUCAUACCAGUGUUUGUGAUAAUGGAGAGGUUUGCCAGCCUCAUACGUGAUGUGAGAGGAGGGGAUCUGACUGCCUACUGGCUGGUGGUGGCCGCCUCUGUCGCCUACGUGACCUCUGUGACCCUGCUGGUGUGGGUGCCUCUGAAAUAUCUCAUCCUGAAGAGGAGGAGGUUUAUCACGGAGAUCACACAGUGGAGGCCGACAGCGCUGGCGUAUCUCAUCCUGUGCACCUUCCCGUGCUUUGCCAUAUUAAUCGCCAGCUCCAAGGUGCAAGUGGACAGAGGGCUCAGGCUUGACCACUUUACUGAGUUGCCUGUUUCCUUGGUGCUUUUCUCCCUCAUCUGUGUGGACAUCAUAGAGAGGAUCCGCCCCUGCAAGCUCAUGGGAUCAAACAGCAUAGAUUCUGACCUUGACAUGCCCGGCCCGGUCCUCACCCACCUGGAGCAGGUGACCACCGUCACAGGCCAGCUGCACGCUGACGAUGAUGAAGGCCAGAACGGUGUGACCCCAGAGGUCAGGAACGGCGGUGCCUCAGGCAGAUGGUCUGACCUCCCUGGCUCACCCAGCCGACCGACACGCAGCACGGCCUACCUGUACUCCUCCUCCUCACGCCAAAGGUCCUACUCUGGUCCUCUGGGAUUCCUGUGGCGCAGGGACAUGAGGUCAGAGGUGUUGGUGGAUAGUUUCUUGUUCUGGUUUGACACGGUGGAGAUGGUGAGAGUGGCAGGAGAGCCGUUGAUCUGCUUCUCAGCCUGGGUGUUCCCCAUCUACAUCCUGGCCUUCAUGUCCACUCUCCGCAUGAUCAUCACUCCUCAAAACCCUCUGUUGUGUUCUGCGGGAGUCGCUCUGCAGGACUUUCCUUUCUUCGUCAUUCGAGUCGCUCUCGUUGUCGUGUUCGGUUAUGUCACUCCCGUGUUGUACGCGUUGAAAAAUGUGCUGGUGAGCCUGACUUUUAUCUACUUUACAUUCCUGACUAAGCUGAGGAUUUUCAAGAGGCAGAGCAUGUUUUGAGGAGGAGAGGCACAGUCUGUUGUUAAUGAGAGGUCCGCUCUGAUUGUGGAUGAAUAGUUGGUGUAUUUAUGUGGGGGGAGCAGCAACAGAGGAACAUGCAGCUGGUGCUGAGGAUCAAGACGAACAUGCUUUGAAUUGUAAUGGCUGCAAAUAUAUGAUACAUUUUUAUCAAGAGAAAAGUAAUCCGUUAUUUAAAACAUAAAAGGUUGUGUAGGUUUGAGUGUACAGUAAGGCAUUUGUCAUUUGACAUUGAAUCCAAAGUAUUUAUUGUUUUUAAUUUUAAGUUUACCUGCAUCUUUUUGAAAUCUAUUUGUUAGCACACUAACAAAACACAAAAGUGAUGACAUUUUUUUUUUUUUAGCUUUUUCAAACAACCCGAACUUUGUGAAAUAAAUAUCCUUUGUUUUCAGACGUGUCAAUGUUUUCCCCAUAUUUUAAUAGCAAACCUUUAAUCUGAAUUCACCUAUUAUUUCCUGUAAUUGAUUUAAGAUGUCAAUGGACUUUGGAAUACCAAAAGUUAGCUAAUUUAUGUUUUUGUCAAGUUUUUUUAUUUAUAACAAAAUACUCUGUCCCGUUUUAGACAAUUGUUAAAGACAUCGUGUUUUAAAGAUGCUGUGUUUGAAAGAUGCUGUGUUUUAAAGACGCUGUGUUUUUUUCAGCUUCUACUGAAUACAAACUGGGUACCGUAAUAAAGGGUAAAGGGUUAGUGCAAACUACAAUAUUUUUCCACAAUUUCCCUCUUUAUUACACAAGGUUUUU